UCAUAUAUUGGUAUCGUCCCAAGAUGGCAGCCUACACUUUGAAGCGUUGUUUAGGAGCUGUCAAAGUUAUCCAGAAGUGUGGAAAUCACAGUUUUAUAGCCAGAAGAUGUCUACUUUCCACACCAUACACAGACACCAAAUUAUGGGACGCAAGAGAGAAAGAUCAUCAAAAUCUGGCGUUGUUGGCCGCCUUGAUGGAUAGGACGUACGACCGAAACUUCCCUGUCAGCUCCCUGUCAAUAUCACGUUUUGUUGACAACAUAUCGUCAAGAGAAGAGGUUGAGCAAGCAGAGUACUAUCUGUAUAAAUUUCGCCACAGCCCAAACUGUUGGUACCUCAGAGACUGGACUGUCCACAGCUGGGUCAGACAGUGUCUCAGAUACGGGGCCAGAGACAAGGCCCUGCACACAGUCAAGAACAAGGUGCAAUAUGGAAUGUUCCCAGAUGUUUUCACGUUCAACAUUCUGAUAGAUUCCUUCAUAAAAGAUGAAGACUUCAAAGGUGCCUGUUCUGUCGUGGAAGAGGUGAUGCUUCAGGAGUCUUUUGAUCUGCCCACAACACAGAUCCUGUCCCUGUAUGCACUUAGCAAUUACCUUGCAACCAAACCAGAGCUCAGCAUGUCAGAGGAGAGGGCUCUGGGAGCAUCGCUGCUGAUAUCUGGUCUGAAGCAGGACGGCUCUAUAGGCCUCAGCGCUCAACUGCUGGGCUGUGCUUUACUAGGUAAGGUGGAGAUGGCGGCAGGGAUCCAUGCUGUGUUCAGGGGCAUGCCUCUGAUGUGGACCCCAGGGUAUCUGGGCCGGGCCCUGGCCGUCAUGGAGAGAGUAGCUGCCGCUCCCGGAGAUGGCAAACUAUCAAAGGAUGCUGUGGAUUACCUGGCGGGUCUGUUGCAGGACCUAUCCUCUGCCUCAGACUCCUCCUCUGGAGAGGACGACGAGUCAGGAGGAGAGGAGGGGAAGAAAGAGGAGGAGGUGGAUGAGGACGACCAGGCAGAGAGAGAUAAGCUACCCCUCUAUGCCAGCAGGUUUAAGGAUCUGAGCGGGCAGCUCCAGUCCAGGGGAAAGGUGGACCCUAGUCCCCUGCAGGUGCUGGUCUCCAGCCUGGUCCAGCAGAGCCUAGCCUCCGCAGAGGGCCCUGACAUGGAGCAGUACCAGAGAAAGGUGGGGGAGUGGGAAGCAGAGAGGCAGCAGCUCAUCAGAAGGGAGAAAGAGAUGAGGGAGAGGGCUGAGGAGGAUAGACGGGCCCAUCAGGCAGCCAAGGCAGCUGCAAAGCAGGGCUGAUCAAACAGCUGGAUUGACCCCUUCCACUGGGGCUCACUCUACAACGAGGGUGCGUCCCCUGCAGUUUCUACCACCACAAAGCAUCAAUACAUAGUACUGGUGCUUUUUCAUAAACUGUUGGGUCCGUACAACGUCUUCAGUGAAACAUACACAAGAAGCGUGGGUCAUAUCUGAAAUAAUAUCAUAUGUACGUGAAAAGCAAAAAAUCAAGUAUUUGUCUGCUGGACAAAUGCCAUUCGCAGAUUAGCAAUAUACUGUAAACAAGAUCAAAACUCCCCAUAAUGGAAGUUUGUCUAUUAAAUUACUGUGAUCUUCAAAUAAUGAUUCUUUACUUGAUUAUUUAUACACAAAUAUAAACAAAGCAAAGACUUAGUUUGUAGUUAUAACUUUUAAGUGGUUUUACACGUAAUACUCAUAACCUCUGUUUUGUCCUUAGCUUUGUUUUCUUUAGAUUUUUUUUUUACUUUUCUUGAAAGUAUAUUGUAUUUCCUGUUGUGGACAUCAACAUGAUGUUAUUGGUCUAGCUCCAGUCUAGUGAUUGUUAAGCCUGAUGGUCACUAUGACCUCAUGUAAGCCGAAAAUAAGAAAUGCGGGGGAAAUCCUCCCACUCCUUUUCCUCUCGUCUAUCAGAAUGAGGUGUUUGUGAGCGUACAUGCAGGCUGUGUGCGCUGGUGUGUGCGCGUGCAUGGGUUUUCUCCCAGGGGAAUGAAUACCCAUGUUAUACAAUCCUAGGGGAACUGAUGAAUGAUCUAGGGAAAACAAAAUGUGUCCUUUACGCAGGCAUGAAUACAGUUGCAUUUCUUAGCCUUAUCUGUAGGCCACAACCACAAAGAAAAGCACACUAUCAUAGAUCCAGAUCGUAGGUGUAUUGCUUGGCCCUGUUUUAGACGUUGAGAGGUCUUUCUGUGACGUCUGGAAAAUUGUAUUGUGUAUCAAAACAGUGGCAUAACGGUAAAGUAUGAAUUAUGUAUUGAGACUUUAGUAAACUGCAACAUAGCCUACUCAAGUACCACAGGCGAAAACAUUUCUGGCUAAGUUAUCCCUGUUGUUUUUUUUCAUUUGGGGGGAGAUAAGUCAUCAAUGGGGAAAAAUAACUGUUGUGGCUCACAUAAUGUGUUCAUUCCACAUAAUGCUACAACUAUUGAGCAUUCAUGGCAUGGGCUUGGGAAACUGCCUGUUAUGUAGACUAAGCUGAAUAGACAGCACAAAUACUUUUAAGUCACAAACAAGAGCCAUUGUUGUGUGGAGGCUCCAUAUUGACUCCCUAAGAGUUAGUCAGAACCUUUUAUUUGCUAAAAAUAGUUAUAUCCUACUAGAUCUGCCAAUUGCAAAUUCCCAUGGAUCGGAUCUGUUUUUAUGUUAUAAAACAUACAACAUUCCAUCAGACAAGCAGUAACUGUAUGUCAUCUGAUUGAAACACAUUUUCCGAUUAUGACAUCAAAGAUUGUUGGCUACUUAAAAAGUGUGAGAAAGUCUCUGACUUUAAGGUCCAAUGCGGCCAUUUUUAUCUCCAAGUCAUUUCUGGGUAAUCAAAUCAUUUCUGGGUAACAAUAAAGUACCUUACUGUGUA